GCCAGCAUGAUAGAAACAUACAGUCAACCUUCUCCCCGAUCCGUGGCUCCCGGACUGCCCGUCAGCAUGAAAAUUCUUCUGUACAUACUCACAGCUUUUCUCAUCACCCAGAUGAUUGGCUCGGCACUUUAUGCUGUGUAUCUUCAUCGAAGACUGGAUAAGGUAGAAGAGGAAGUAAGCUUUCAUGAAGAUUUUGUAUUCAUAAAACAGCUACAGAAAUGCAUCAAAGGAGAAGGAUCCUUAUCCUUGCUGAACUGCAAGGAGGUCAAAAGGAGAUAUGAAGACCUCGUCAAGGAUGUAAGUUUAAACACAGAAGAGAAAAAAGAAACCAGCUUUGAAAUGCAAAAAGGUGAUGAAGACCCUCAAAUUGCAGUACAUGUUGUCAGUGAGGCCAACAGUAAAACAACAUCUGUUCUACAGUGGGCCAAGAAAGGAUAUUAUACCAUGAAAAACAACUUGGUAACACUCGAAAGUGGGAAACAGCUGACCGUUAAAAGACAAGGACUCUACUAUGUGUACACCCAAGUCACCUUCUGUUCUAAUCAGCAGCCUUCGAGUAAAGACCCAUUUUUAGUCAGCCUCUGUCUGAAGUCCACCAGCGGAUCUGAGAGAAUCUUACUCAGGGCAGCAAACACGCACAGUUCCUCCAAGCCCUGCGGCCAACAGUCUGUUCACUUGGGAGGAGUGUUUGAGUUGCAAGAAGACUCUUCUUUGUUCGUCAACGUGACUGAUGCAAGCCAAGUGAUGCACGGAGUUGGCUUCACAUCUUUCGGCUUGCUCAAAAUCUGAACAGUGUGCUGUCCUCGGCUGCAGCAGGGCUGAUGCUGGCAGCCUU